CAUGAAGCAUCUAUCUCUCACCCUCCCUCUCUCUCCCUCUCUCUCUCUCUCUCUCCUUCAGCCGGUUGCACACUGAGACCAGGCUCCCAGAAGGAAAGCCUCGGAGCUUUCAGCUAGACCAUAUUCCACUCGAACUCCAGUGAGUGUGUGAGCGCCUUCUUCUUCUCCUCCUUCCUCUUCUUCUCCUUCAUUUUCCCCGUCGUUUUCUGUCCUUUUUUGGUGAAAGGAGCGGAUUUGUGUGGGGAAACGGGGAUACGCGCGAGCUCGUUUUGGGCGUAGCUGGAAGAGGAAACAGCGGUUUGAGGCUCGGUAGUUCACUGUACCUGGUAGUCGUUUGAGUUCCCUGUUUCCCAAGAUGAAACCAGACGGGGUCGACUCAGGAGCGACAGAGCCAAUGGUAGCACUAGACGCAGAUCCCGUGAUCCAGGCGGAGCCGCUGGGGGAAGGCCAGGAACAGGCUCCGCCCGCUUCACAGACGGAAGAGAUGCAGCAAGGGGCACCACAGACGACCGAGACACCCGCGGCCGCCACCAAACCCAGCAUGGAUAAGCCCGCAGACCCGAAAGCAAAGACAAAGGGUGUCACCAAAACAAAGACAUCCACCACUGGCGCUCGUCCCAGCACCACUCAGAGCCGCAUGACGAAUGGAGUACAGAAGCCGCCACAAGCCAACGGCGUUGCCAAGAAGACCACCACCGGCGCGGCUUCUGAGAAGAAGACAACCACCACGGCUUCUAAAAAGCCUGUAGGUGCUGCGGGGGCAGUGACCACCAAAACCGCCAGCAAGACCACAGAAAAGAAGCCCAUUGGGGCACCAAAGACCACCGGCACGACACAGCCAGUUAAGAAGACAUCUGUUAAUGGGGACAAAACCAAACCAAAACCGACAGCUCCCAGACCUGCCUCUGCUGCUACCACCAAGCCCAGCACCACUUCCUCUCCCAGAACCGACAAGCCACCCGUCUCCAAGACAACCAGGCCUGCCACAGGUGCCACAACUUCUCGUCCAGCUUCUGCUGCACCAAAGUCGGCUGCUCCCGCCACAUCGAAGACGCCAACAUCCGGAUCGAAAACCACUCCAUCUGCAGCCAAAACAACCACCUCUACUGCUAAACCAUCACCUGCUAAAACUCCCUCUGCUAGUCGAGCUGCAACCAUAACCACACAGAGCACUACACCCAUCAAGAAGGAUGCGAGCAAGCCAGCCACCCCAGCAGCGAAGAAAUCAACCGCCUCCCCUCUAACUCGCCCGGCUUCCAAUAAGACCAGCAAGCCUGACACCCCGAAGGCAUCUACGCCAGCCAAACCGGAGUCUGUCUCCAAGAAAACCCCCAGCAAACCAGCAGUGGAAGCCAAGACGGGCAAGCCUAAGGAAAGCAAACCAACUCCAUCAAAGGAUGCCACACUGAAAACAUCUACUGCUAAGAACAGCACAGCCAAGACAGCCAGCCCUAAGAAAGUAGUGGGAAGCAGCACUCCUAUGCCAGUUAAACGUGGCCCCAAAGCUGCACCUAAAGAGAACGAGAAAGAAGCCGUAGCUCCUGCUGUUCAAACCGCUGCAGCAGUUGAAGCCGUGGCUGUUGCUGCUGCCGCCACUGCUGCUGUCGCCACAGCUGCUGGUACCCUCAUCGCUGUGACAGACAGUGAAUCUCCUGAAGUCCUGCCUGAAUCCAAGCCUGAAGUUGCACCUGAAGUCAAGCUUGAAGUUUUAUCUGAAACCCAGCUUGAAGUUUCACCUGAACCACAGCUCGAAGUUAAACCUGAACCACAGCUCGAAGUUACACCUGAACCACAGCUCGACGUUUCACCUGAACCACAGCUCGAAGUUUCACCUGAACCACAGCUUGAAGUUUCACCUGAACCACAGCUUGAAGUUUCACCUGAGCUACAGCUCGAAGUUUCACCUGAACCACAGCUCGAAGUUUCACCUGAACUACAGCUCGAAGUUUCACCUGAACCCCUCGAAGUUUCAUCUGAACCCCAGCUUGAAAUUUCACCUGAACCCCAGCGUGAAGUUACGCCUGAACCCAAGCUCGAGGAGGCACCUGAACCCGAGCUCGAAGAUGCUCCUGAACCCGAGGUUGAAGCUGUAUCACUCUUGGUGGAAACUGAGUCUCAACUUGCAUUUGAAACCAAGUCCGAAUAUUUGCCUGAAACUAUAUCCCAACUCCUACCUGAAACCAAGGCUGAAUUUGAACCUGAACCAAAAUCUGACAUCCUGUUGGAAACAGAGUCUGAAUUUACACCUGAAGCACUGACUGAACACCUUCUUGAAACCAAACCUGCUCUUGCAUCUGAACCCAGACCAGACAUCUUGCUGGAAAGUGAGUAUGAAUUUAUGCCUGAAACUAUAUCUGAACCCCUGCUUGAAACCAAACCUGCAGUUGUACCUGAACCCAAAUCAGAACUCCCAUUAGAAAGUGAACCUGAAUACACAUCUGAACACCUGCUUGAAACCAGGUAUGAUUUUGCACCUGAUCCCCAAUCAGAACUUCCAUUGGAAACUGAGUCUGAAUUCCUGCUUGAAACCAAAUUUGAACAAAAGUCAGAACCCCUGUUUGAAACAGAGCCUGAAAUUUCCCCUGAACCCAAGUCUGUACUCCUGUUUGAAACAGAGCCUGAAAUUGCCCCUGAACCCAAGUCUGUACUCCUGUUUGAAACAGAACCUGAAAUUGCCCCUGAACCCAAGUCUGUACUCCUGUUUGAAACAGAGCCUGAAAUUGCCCAUGAACCUGAGUCCCAACUCCUGUUUGAACCUAAGCCUGACCCUCUGCAUGAAACAGUCCCAGAACCCACAGUUGAAUCCUUGAUUACUGCUGCAGUCGAGGACAUUGCAGCAGAAACUGAGGAUAUUCCAUCUGAUUCAGAAGAAGAAACACAUGAAGAGGUGGUGCCACAGCUGGCAGCUCAGCUGAAUCUAGCCAGUCAUGAGAAACCAAGUGUUCCUUCUACUCUUGGCACAACAGUCAUGUCACCACCAUCCUCCCCCACUGGAGAGUCUCCUGUUCAUGUGGAACCCCAGGUCUCUGCUCCACUACAAGAUAUGUAUGCUGCCAGUAAUCUCUGGGCACAGAAUCAGCCCAUGUUCUCAAGUGAUAUUACCACAGAGAAUUUGGAGCAAGAAGAGAUCAGGAUUCAAGAGGAUCUCCUGACCACCAUGGAGUCUGCAGAAGAGGCAGGGGAUGGAGGGAAACCUUUCAGUCUUGGAGUUGAGCCUGACCUGUUGAGUAGCUCCUGUGUAGAGCAUUUCAGCAACGUGUCACCGACAUCUCCUAAUAUUGAGAAGGAGGAGGCAGUGGAAAAGGCAGAGGAAGAAAUCAAUGAGGAUGACCAUGAUGAGGAGGAAGAGGAGGAAGAAGAAGAGGAGGAAGAAGAGGAGGAGGAGCAGGAGGCAAGAGAGAUUGUUCAAGCAGUGCCUGAAACACAGAAAGUGGACGAGUUUAAGUUUGGAUUAUCAGACGCUAACAUCUCCAGUGGCGGUGUAAUGCAGUCUGAUGAUUUUGGAAGCAUCAUCCAGCAGGAGCAAGCAGAAGUAACCUCACCCUUCCAAAUGGAGAGUCAUCACAGUGAUGAAGAUGGAGAGGAUUUCUCUCUGAAAAAAGUGGAAAUGGAACAGCCAUUUAUGGGCCCACCUGGGGUCAAAUCUUUUUCAGAUGAAGAGGAAGAGGAGGAAGAAGAGGAGGAAGAGGAGCAGGAAAAGGAGGACAUGGACACUGGUCCAGAAAAUAUUGACAAGGACCACAUGGGCUUUGGUCAGGAGCAAGCUGGUGAUCAUCAUAUGGAUGUUCACCUCAAAUCUGAAGAAGAGGAGGAUCAUGAGGAUGAAGAUGUUGAGAUGGUUAGUGAAGUCCAGAUGGAGAGUGGAAGCAAGAUUGUUGGAAAUAUUGAUGAGGAUGACUAUGAGGAAGGAUAUCUAGACAAUUUGAACCGCACUGCUCCAGCUCCCUCUAUACCCAUGACGGCAGCCUGGGGCCCAUCCAACCCCUUUGGAGACACUUGGGCUCAGCCAACCUCUAUCAACAUAACAUCAAGUCCCUUAGACGCUAAGACAUCAGAUCCUGAGACACCCACAAAGUCCCCUGCUGAAGCCUGGCUGGAGAAGCCUCUAUGUCAUUUGACCGAACCACACCUUGAGGUCCGUGAAGAGACAGAGAGCUCAGUCCCAGUGGAUGGCGCUAACCUGUGUGCACCUGCUAUUGGUAUGUCCCAGUCAAGCACCCUAAGUGGAACAGCCCUGGCAGCCCACAGCAGUAGUGAGACGAGUACGCCUGAAGAGCUGCGGGACUAUGACAGCAGUUCAGGUGUGGAGUCACGCUCAGACAAGCAACAGACACCUGUCCCCACAACCCAGCCUGACCAGGAACAAGAUCUCGGGAUUCACCUGGAGCGUGGGGAUGGCGAGGAAGAAGAGGCAGAGACACUCCCAGCCGAUGAGGUCCUGGGCGAUGCUCCAACUGCACCAGCAUCUGUUCCAUCAUCCCCUACUACUUCUGCAGAUGAGGCAAGUGAUACCGAAGGAGAAAUGCAAAUCAAUGAGCCCGACGCUCCAGCUGAUGAUACUGCAGCCUUAGACAGUCCUACCGCCUCCCGAAACCUCCCCGCCUUGGAUGAAGAUGAGGAGGCCACUGACAUUCAUGCUGGAGAGGAAGAUGGUGGGACCCCACAGUCAGCCAACUCUGUAGCCUCUUAUGGCUUUGACUGCUCAGUUUCCAACUCCAAUGCCCAUUCUACUGCCGAGAGCUGUGGUAAAAGCCCUGGGAUAUUUUCUCUGGAGAACGAAGACCAACUUCCAGAAGAAGCUAAGGAUCCCUCGCUCAUCAAAGAGCUGACCUUGCCUGCUGCAGCCGCUAAAGCCGAGGACCUGCUGGGCUGUCCUGUUGACCUGCUUCCCCUUGGCCAGCAAGGGGAGUCACACGCCAGUCCCGAUGACCAAUACCUGCUGUGCGGGAAGACAGGAGCCAGUGCUCUCGAGGAGUCUGACCCCGAGUCUCCCAUGCACCUGUCUCCCCAGCACGAGGACAACACAGAUGGCCAGCCACCUUACUACUCCACUAUAUGUGAUAACACUGAUAGCUUUCUGGCAGGUAAUGUAUAAAGUCCCCGAAUGGAAUGCACCUUUUACCCCGCACCCUUCCCGAAACAGCACCCUCUCUUCCUUUUUGUCAUUUGUUUUCUUACCAGUCCAGGCGAUGGUGUAAUGAAACGGGGGGAAAAAGAUUGGACAUGGGGGAUGGACUGUAGGUUUAUCAGUGCUGCUUUCUCUUUCUUACUACUAUUAUAGUCAUGGUUAUGAUUGUAUGGCUUCAAUUCUUGUAUGUACAAUAGCUAUUCUCAUUUUCUAUUAGAAUGUACUAUGGAAUAACACUGCAUACUACAGCACCCCUGAACUUGGAUGGAUAGACUGAACUGUUGUUAAGUCCUUUAAUGAAUAAGGAAAGCAAAAAAACAAAACAAAACAAAAAAAAGCAAGAAAAGAAAAAGGAUCACAUUGGACGGACUCUAUCUAUGUUUGUAUUUAUCCUACUGUUUUUACCGAACAAAUGUCAAAUGAUUUUUUUUUUAUACUUGUUUAUUUCUGUUUAUAUUUUCUCCCGGUCUUCUCUUGCACUGUAGCUGUACCCUUACAUCUUUUUUUUUAAUUUUAUUUUUAUUUUUAUUGUUCCUGUGUCAAGAACUAACUGUUUUAGCACUAACUAAGGAUAGAUCUUUUUUCCAGAGGCUUCGCACUUUGGAGUUUUUUCAAUGUAGGGAAUUGUUGGAAUGUUAGAUGGCAAGCAAUGUUUUGUUUUUCCAAUUUUUUUCUAGUAUAAAAAAAAAAAAAUUCCAGCACACUUUCGUGAAGGAUAACUUAUGAUAUAAGUCACAUACCACAGCUUUUUUACGUACUCAGCAGUGAACUGGUUUCGUUGAUUUGCAGUAGUUUGGACAUUUUUGCUUUGGCUAAAAUAUUCAAUGUGGUGGGGGGAAAAAAUGUUACUCGCUUUAAAAAAAGAAAAGAAAAGAAAGAAACACUUGAAUGUGGGUGGCGAGUAUCGGACAUUUGGAUUGGAAAAUUGCAUGUACAACUAAUUGCGUUACUGUAAUACUGUUCAAGACCUAGUAUGUCCGGAUGAUCAAGAAAAAUAAUAAUAAUAAUAAUAAUAACAAUGGUUCAAACUAAUGAAAAGGUUUUUCAAAAUUCCAUUAAACAUCAUUUCAAGGCC